GACAGCGUCAACAAUCACCUCCGAGAGAGUUAUUGUUGUUCAUUUCCAUCAUUUCCCAAGUUUUGAAGCUCCAAUUCGCCAGUUUUCACACACGGAGACCUCCUGUCCUCUUCAGCACCGCGUCUGGGUGCAGCUGUUACAAUGGAAACGGAGGAGCAGUCCAGGAAUCGUUUCCAGUCAGAGCUGGAGUUCGUUCAGUGUUUGGCCAACCCAAACUACCUCAACUUCUUGGCUCAGAGAGGCUUCCUGAGAGAGAGACCCUUCAUCAACUACCUGAAGUACCUUCUGUACUGGAAGGAGCCUGAAUACGCCAAGUUCCUCAAGUACCCCCACUGCCUGCACAUGCUGGAGCUGCUGCAGUACGAACACUUCAGGAAGGAGCUGGUCAACGCUCAGUGCGCCAAGUUCAUCGACGAGCAGCAGCUGCUUCACUGGCAGCAUUAUUCCAGGAAGCGCACGCGGCUGCAGCAGGCGCUGGCCGAGCAGCAGCCGAUGCAGCAGCAGCCGCCGCCGCACGGGAACGCCGCGGCGAAGUGAAGCGGCUCAGCCGGGGACUCUCUGGGCUGAGGCGGACAUUUUGGACAGUCUCACUGCAGGACGCCAGCACCGUGGUCAUGUGGCUUCAGGAUCACAAACUGUGACAUUUCCUCCUGACCACAAGGAAAAAACUUUUGAAAGUUUUGACGCUGAGUAAAAAUUCCACAAACAUUUAAGUCAUGCAAAUGUUUUCUCACUUUAUUCUUUUUCUGUAAUAAAAUAUUUGUUAUAUGGUG